UCAGCACGGCACGGCUCGGCUCAGCCGCGUUUGUAGUGGAAAAGCGGCAAUAGGUUCUGAACAUGUGUAUUCCAGGUGGUAAUUACAUAUGGGACAGAGACACAAUCAGCUAAAAAUAAGGAGCGAAUUUUUUUGUUGUUUUUACGAGAUGCUGGCAGAAAACAUAAUUUCCCUAUGGGUGUGUCCACUGGAUCAGGCAAAGGAGCCACAGUGGAAGGUGGAGUGGUGUAAGUGAAGGCAUGCUUUCCAGCCUUUAUUUACAUGUGCCUCAUUGUCAUUGAAGCAGAAAUGUCGUUACAGGAAAGGCACGAUUCCAAAUAGCCGCCCUUUAAAUAUCUAGUGCACUAUAUGGUGCCAUUUCCCACUCUGUGUAGUGUACUAAUAUAGUGCAUAAGUAGCCGUUUGGGAUUCAACCGCUACGUCAACGCCAACAUUCCUAAUCCCCGCCCAAGCGCUGUCACGUGUUUCAGCUGGGAGUAUAUGAUUGGACGGUUUUCUCAACUCGCUCGCUCGUGCUGUGGAAAUGCCUUCAAACUCUUCGACAGUCACGUGAUCAUGCCGUGCGCGUGCUCCAGCCGCUGUCAGAGAGAUUCCAGCAGUGUGUAAAUGUUUCCCAAGAUGGCGGACCUGAAAGCGCCGGAGGAGCUGAGGUCAGGAACCCCUAACAGGAAGCUGAACAGCUCUUUUGGAGAACCUGCAUUUGGUUCCCCCAGGAAAGAUGAGCUCCUGGCAGUGCCAUUUUGUGGAAGUAUUCGAGGUGGGAUGCGACCUGGGAAGAAAAUCACCAUCAUGGGUAUCGUGGAUCCAGAACCGGAUGGUUUUGACAUCAGCCUGACGUGUGGGUGUGACGACGUGGCCCUGGAGAUCAGCGCGAGGUUUGAGGAUCGUCAGUUGCUGAGGAACGCACACGUGUCUGGCUCGUGGGGGGAGGAGGAGACGGCCAUCGCCUUCUUUCCGUUCCUCGCAGGACAGCCGUUCAGGAUGGAGAUUCAUUGCGAGCACCAGAGGUUCCGCAUGUUUGUGGAUGGUCAGCCGCUGUUCGAUUUCUAUCACCGCGUCCACUCACUAAUGUCCAUCGACACCAUCCAGAUCAACGGCAGCCUGAGCAUCACCAAACUGAACUGAGCUGGAGACGAUCAGCCGGACUCUGUGCGUCUCUGACGCGGAGUCAAACUGCACCUCUGCUUUAUAAGAACGUUUCUGCAAACAGAAAUGGAGUGUAAAGAGACCGUUUUCAGUCUUAAUGCCACAUGAAAGGACUGGAAUUUUCAGUGUCGGUUCAUCGUUUGAACUUUCGAAGUUGCAGCUGUUAAUAUGAAUCGCUUGCACAUGCCAGCACGGGUAACUGUAAUUAAUCUAGCUUUUUAUGUCUGUUUUUUAAUAAAUAUAUUUUAGAAUACUUACUGCUCAUGACUGAUACUGAUGAGAAUAGGAUGUGGGUGUUGGCAUGGUGGAGAAAACUUUGGUUCUGGGUAUUUACACUACGUUCAGACUGCAACCUGAAACGACCCAUAUCCGAUUUGUUGUGAAAUCCGAUUUUUUUGUUAGGCCGUUCACAUUACCAAUUAUAUGAGACUUGUAUGCGAUCUCCAAUAUGAACGGAAAACGACCCAAAAGUGUCCCGCAUGCGCAAAUUGACACGUAAUAAGCACAUCUACGUAAUACCUAAACCAAAAAAAAAGCGCACUCUUCAAAUUUGCAAGUAAAGCAUGGAGAUGAGGCGAGACCUGGUGAUGUGGUUUUUGUGGCGGCGGCGGAACUCGCACAAUAAUCUGAUUAAUGUGGGCAGCAGACUAAUGAGACCAAAGGUGUCAAAUUACUGGAAAUUUCCAGAACAAUCUUAUACUCUUGUAAUACAGGAUGGUUUAACAUCCAGGUCCCUACCAAAUCCACCAUUAGCUUGAUCAAUUCUAUAAAAGUCUAUUUAAAUUCUGAAAACUCUACAAAUGUUGUUGUUUUCCACCAAAGAGGCGGGAUUAGCCAACGCAGAAUAGUGACGUUUGUCUCUUGUUGAUGACGUGUAGGUCGCAUGAAUGCGACCUGUCCGGUCAGACUGCAGUCGCAUGUGAAAAUAACGGAUAUGCAUCGGAAUUAGGACCACAUAUCCAAGCGGCCUGGGUCGCAUGUGAAAAAAUCGGAUCUGUGUCGUUCAGAUUGUCAAUAACAAAUCAGAUACAGGUCGCAUAUGGGCAAAAAAAUCGGAUAUGGGUCGUUUCAGGGUGCAGUCUGAACGUAGUCUUCAUGUAUCGUUCUCUGGACGACUCUUAACUCACCGCUAACAUAAUGUCGUAAAGCCCAUGGAUGUGCUUGUGGAAUUUAGCAUCGUCAUGGCUACAAUGAAACAAAAGCUCUUUCUAAAGCGAAUAUUUCUUUAAGCUUGACCGAAGGAUUAAGAUCAGUGCUGUUGUGUUGAACUACAGUACACCAGCAGGGGGCGCAGUUUGUAACAUUUACAAAAGGCCAGUUGCAAUGGGAGCAAAGCAUUGAUGGGGUUUUUUUUUUCCGCUAUUUUGGCAUUAGUUCACCCUAUCCUCUUUGUUAAAAAAGUAAAUAUUCCUUGUGUAUGUUUUUUUUUAAGGAAAAUGGGUGGGGCUGAGCUCAUUUCUGGUCCAGAAAAGUGUCAAGAAAACCCUGAAACGAAGAAACACUAGCAAAUAGCACUGCAUGGUAAUAUGUGGCAACACGCACGCGUUUUUUUUUUUUUUUUUUUUUUUCUAAAGUGCCUUUAAAGAUUUACGGCUGUUUCAAUGUCACAAACUGCACCUUUAAAAGAGUAAUUUGUCCAGAACUAAAAUCGACACCAGUUUUAUUCCUUUACCCUAAAUGUAGUUGAUCAGCCAAGGCGUGUUUAGGACUAGAAUUUUUUUUUUUUUAAUUUGCACUCAAGCUAUGAGGCUAAUGUUGAUUUAAGUAUGGUCACCGGUUUAUCAUCAUAAACAAAGUUGCACAUGGCCGCUUUAAAACAGUCUGCUUAGUGUCUUAAACGUCUGUUCUGAUGGGCAGGUCAGUGAAUCUUAACGGUGAUGAAACAGUGAGCCUGAAAUCAAUACUACAGGUUUAUAGUAAUGUGAGUAGAAGCUCAGGAACGCAGCAGAGACUGAUUAUAAAGUGUAACGAAGACAUUCCAAAUACAGAGAAGUGUAUAUGAGGAAAAUAUUGAUCAAAUGAAGGCAUUUCAUUGUAAAGCAUUUUGGUUUUUUUUUUUUUCUUAAAAUACUUCUGUUGUAAUUUUUGUUUAUUUCAUAAUCACUAAUAAAUUAAAACCUUUUCAUCAA